AUUAUUAUUUUAUAAGCAUGCAUCUAUUUAUCUUCUUCCAUUGUAGAAAAUGAUAAAGAAUACGUCCCACCACCAGAAACAGAUAAACUUGAUUUAGAAAUGCCAGUAGAAAAUGCAGACCGGAGUGAAGUUGAUCUUCCUGCUACUUACGACAUGUAUCAAAGAGCAAAGGAAAGAAGAAGAUUAGAAUUAUUACAGAUGGAAGAGGAAAUGUAUAAUAAUCAAGAAUCACAAACACAGAUAGCUGCUAACACUCAGCUCAGAAGGCAGAAAUUAUUAGAAAAUGUUGCUGAAGAACAAGAAAAAUUGCAUGAUGAAAUAUUACAAUUACAAAGUAAAAAGGAUAAAGAAAAACAAAAUUUGUUNAAAUUAAGUGUCUGGAAGGAAAGAAGAAGAUUAGAAUUAUUACAGAUGGAAGAGGAAAUGUAUAAUAAUCAAGAAUCACAAACACAGAUAGCUGCUAACACUCAGCUCAGAAGGCAGAAAUUAUUAGAAAAUUUCUUAUAUCCCAUAUUUUAA